AUGGCGGACAACAGACCAAGAGUGACUUCAGCGCGGGAAGCAAUAGAGGGUAUGUAUAUUGCGUUUGAGGGUUUCGAUCGUUUAGUUGGUAAACGUUUUAGUGUAUGAUAUGGUCUAAACAUCUUUCAGAUGUAUAAUUUUCUAAAAAAAACUUUGGCUUAAGUUAUGUUUCUUUAAUUCUUUUACAUGUAUAUUAAAACCUUACAUUCUUUAUAGUUUUCGAGUUCCCUCGUAUGCUGAUGAUGCAUAUGUCAUGAGAAUUACUUUGGUAGGGGGCCAAGAGAAGGUAGAAGGUUCUGUCGCAUUUUACAGCUGAUUUUAUUACAUGCAAGGUUACUUUUGCAGAGAUGCCAACCUCUAGAAAUCUAAAAUAUGGGCUCACUCUUUUGCAUUACCCCCCCCCCCCGAAUAUCAACACAACCAAACCCCCCAUCCCUGACCCCGACCACCUGAUGAGCACAAUUCGAUCGAGUCCCUAAUUUAUCACAUGGGAAAGGCUUAGGACAUUAUAUGAAGUCUUACAUGAGCUAGAGACCAUCAAAAUUCACUUGUAUGAUUGUAAUGGCAAAAAAAUCUUUGUCACUGAUGACGUACGUGCAAACAUGCCCCAGAAACCAAACUAUGAAUAAUAGAAAGUUGAAUUUUUGGAGAAAAUGGGACAAAUGCCCAAUUAAAGCGCAGAAAAGUUCAUAACUCGAUUUUAUCCGGGAGAUUUGGUGACCCAUGUGCGAGACCGGGAGAUUGAUGUCAUAUCCAGGAGAGUUGGCUUAUAUACUUUUAGGGCACAAUUUGAGCACUCUUACACUUCACACUGGGUGACCCUAUGGGUUGCUUUAACUUUUAUACAGCGCCAUGAACCUAUCAUUGGCCACCCACUGAUGGGGGGACCCCGGCCCGAACAAAUACGACUUUGUAUGGGGACUUAUAGGGGGAUUUUAAAGAGUUAUUUAUCCGUGAAUUGGGGAAAAUGAGCAAGGUUUGGUUCAUAAUAGGCUUGCAUCACAAGAGAAAACCUUGGGCAUUGUAUAUAGAAUUCCAUCGAUUUCAUGUUGUUCACUUUUCCAGAAGAUUGGGGGCUUACCUCUCUCCCCAUGGUGAAAAUAAUCUAUGGCAGACUCAGCAGCUCAUGUAUCAUUGUGUAAAUUCAUUUAAAGUACUAUUUCCUCAUCAGGUGAGCUGGGUCAUUAUAAUGGCAUCUCAAGUUUACUAUGGUUUCAUGUUGUUCAAUAUGAUAGCCCUCUAGGAGGGGAAUUUCUUAACUUUGAUUGCUCUUUACCCCCAUCAAGGUGGAAAAAAUCUAAUACUGUAAGCACUUUCACAUAGUCCUUUGCAAAGUCCCCUCCCUUGGGUGGGGUCCCCUUGAGGGGAUGGCCAAUUUUAAGUGCAGGACACUGACUAGUACAGAGUUACAAUAUGUUUGGCUUAACUUUAUCUUUUAGCACUGGUAGAGAUUUCCAAGCUGCUAAAUACUGGCCUUGACACUGAAUCUUUAGCUGUUUGUGUUAAGCUGUGUGAAGCAGGUGUGAAUCCUGAAGCUUUAGCAUCUGUAGUACAAGAGCUUAGAAGAGAAGCUGGCGCUCUUCAGGUA